GAUGGGCGUCCGACUUCUGAUUUUCCGGUCCCAUGGCAGGAAUAAGAAUCCGGAAUGACGACAGCCAAUCAGAGCCAUUCCGGAAUUUCCGUCACAUGGAGACGCAUGUCACCUUCAGUAAGUCGCGAAAUAAUAAGUAGAGAUCGAGAUUGCAUUAUCAUUUCAUUUAUGUAUCUAUGUUUAUAUAUAAAAACAAGUUUAACAAAAGAAAUUAUCUAUCUCUAUUUACACUAUAAUUUGCAUAUUAGCGCAAAUACGUGUAUCCUUCUUUAUAUGAAUGAACAUGAAUUUAUCUUUCUUUAUAUACUGAAAUAAUACAAAUAAUAGCGAAAGUUUCUUUGUUGUAUAUAUCUGUGUAUGCGAAGUAGAUCAAAUAUUUAAAAAAAAAAUUGAGUAAAGUAAAACAGAAAUGUAAUAAAAUUUAUACAAUCGAAAAUAUUGCCCAACAGACAAUAUCAAAAUGAUAGCUGGUAUGCGUUUUAUUAAUGAAAAACAUAAAAAUCAUUUUAUACCUGUUGAAGAAAUAUUGAGUAAUCACAAUGAAAGUCAGCACAUUAAACCGAAAAAUUAUAAUGAUUUUGAUCCCAAAAAAAUAUAAUAUGUAUAUUGGUGUUAUUGUGAUGGAAGUGAAUGUCGACACGGAGAAGCUUGUAAAUACCAUAAAGGUGUAAUUUUUGCAUUAGGAGAGAAUGAAGAAGAAAUAAGGAAAAAAUAUGAAUAAUUGUUCGAGAAUCGUCUUUCCAACUUGGAAAGAUUUGGUCGACUCUGAUGAUACUGAGGUUGAAUCUCAGUCGUCACAAAAAUUACAGAAGAAUGCUUUAAAAAAUGUAUCAAGACAAGUAAUGUUACAAAGUACAGAGAGAACGAAAGCUUUGUUCAGACAUAGACAAUUUAUGGAUCAACGAUCAAAAUUAACAUUAGAUAACACGAAUGAUAACAGUAAAGAAAGUACAAUCAGCAAGCUUGGUAAUGUGUCUGUCAUUGUAGACAAAUUGCCUGAUCAUGUUUUAACCAGCAAUCGUAAAAGAUUAGCCGAAGAAUUUGAGGAUAGUGAAACUUCUGGUGACAAAUGUAAAGGAAAAACACCUCCUAAAAAACCAGAGAUAGCAUUGCAACAGAGCAAAGAGAAUGUCUCGCCAAAUAUGAAAACUUUUUCAGAAAGGCUAGGCGAUUAUUGUUUUCAUUAGAUAGUUCAUCAGAAAAUGACAGUGAGACUUUGUCUCCUUCUCUGAUUGCAAAAUCUCAUCUCAUCAGGAAAAGUAAAAAUUAUCUGUAGAAAAAAAGCAAUGACAAAUCGCAACCAAAAAAUACUGAGAAUGAAAAUGAAAGUUUAAAUAGUGACAAUUGUAACGAGCAAUUUGUAAAUCACAACAAUAGUCAAGCUUUGAGGAUUGGAAAUAAAUUGAUCGCAAACACCAAUAAAAAUAAAGGAAAUAGUGAGCCUAGCGGAAACCACAGUCUAAUUGCAAACUAAUUGCAUAACUAAUUGCAAAUAAUAAUGAAAAUCAAGAAAAUGAUGCGCCUAACGAAAGCAACAGUCAAGAGAUUCCACCUGUCAACGAUAAUGAACAAAAUAUUAGGCCUAAUUGUCAUGAAAAUGAAAAUGCAGAAAAUAAUGAGCAACACGGGAAUAAUAGUCCACAUCAAGUGCCUGGUAUUGAAAAUCUUGAUGACCAUAUUGGUAACAAUGAACAACGUAAUGCAAAUGCAGAUGAGGGCAUCAAUGAUGGUAUUGACGGAGAUCCUGGUACGGAUUCAGCUGGCGGUAUUGAUGAGUCGUCUACUGAUUCGGGUUUAAUGAUGCACCAAGGAUAUUAACAUUGGACUAUAACAUAAAAGUCUUAGUUGCAAAGAAUUUUUUAAUACUCCCUUUACAUAGAAAUUGAUGAUUGAUUUACUUAAAGCAGUAUAGAAUGCAAUAAUGAUUUCACUAACAGCAAACUAUGCUUUCAAUUAGGUAACAUAGUGUAAUUCAGUUUUAAAAACUAAUACUAAUGAUUUUUAAAAUAUAUCAAAGCGUAACGAUUGUUGUUUGGCUGGAGGAAUAUUAUUUUAAAUUAUGCAUCACGGAUCAGGUUUUACAACAGGUCCACAAGAAAGAGUUCAUCAACAACCAGUACAAACCAAUCGCAUCACUAGUAUAGGAAUACCUGAAAAGUGCCCUUACGAAUCUUACUCUUCACAAAUACCAGACUGCUGUGCUGCAGCUGCCGCAGUUCAAGAUUCAAGACCACCAAGUGGUUAUAAUGUGGGAUGCUUUAAUGAAUGUCACCAAACUACGCCUUACCACGAUGAUUCUUAUUUACAGGAAGCUAUUAUGCAACCUGAUGUUUAUCAACAGCGUUCACAAUCUCGCCUCGGUUAUAAUGAGCAGCAGCCACAUCAGUCAAGAUCACAAUCACAUAUCGGCCAUAACUCCGAUUCACGGUGUACAAGUAGAUUGGGAAACCCUAGCUUGGGCGGUGGUUAUAAUGAAACAAAUAGCGGUUGUUUGGAUCAUUCUGAGCCACGCAUGUACUGCACCAGUAACUAUUGCAUGGCUGACACGAUGAUGGCAACAGCGAUGACACAUGGUAUUUGUAGCGAAGAACUUGAACUAGACAUGCGUCGACAUAUACAAGCAUGCGCUUGUACGUGCAAUCAUAUGGGUUACGGAAAUUACAUGGAUUAUCAAACAACGUGCCUAACUGAACUGCCAGAUGUUGCACCAUGCAACGGUACCAUUCGCCUACCGCCUUCAUGUAGCGAAGAAUCACCAAGUAGCGGUAGCAGUGGUGGGGGUAUAACGCAUAAGGACCACCAUCUUGAUAUCUCCCGAAGGAAAUGUCGCAUUCUAGCUCCAAUUAUCUUAGUGAUGACAUCUUUACUUUUAGGCGGACUAUGUUUGCCAAUUCUUCUCCAAACUUCGCCAGCUACACAUCAACAAAGGUUGGAUAUUAUAAGAAGAAUCCUCACUGAAGUGCCUCUUAUUGAUGGGCACAAUGAUUUGCCCUGGAAUGUUAGAAAAUUCGUACAUAAUCAACUUGGGGAAGUAAAUUUAAGCAGUGACUUGGGAAGAAUCGAUCCUUGGGCUAAGUCUGACUGGAGCCACACAGAUAUUCCAAGAUUACGAGCUGGACUCGUUGGAGCGCAGUUUUGGUCAGCGUAUGUUCCUUGUGGUGCAGCUCAAUUGAACGCCGUUCAGUUAUCCUUGGAACAGAUAGACGUGAUACGAAGGCUUGCCGAAAUGAAUGCCCAACACUUAUCUUUAGUAACUUCGGUCAAAGGUCUUAUUGAAGCUCAUAGAGAAGGCAAGAUUGCUAGUCUGAUUGGAAUUGAAGGUGGACAUUCUCUUGGCAAUUCUCUCGGAGUAUUAAGAACUUUUUACGGACUGGGUGCACGAUAUCUGACUUUGACACAUGCCUGUGAUACUUCGUGGGCAACUUGUUCAGUAGGGGAGACAAACUCUACCCAAGGUUUAUCUGGAGGUCUAAGCGAAUUUGGAAAAGCUGUAGUGAGGGAGCUUAAUAGAUUAGGAAUGUUAGUUGAUCUUUCACAUGUUUCUACACAAACUAUGAAUGCUGCCUUGCAAACAACGAAGGCACCAGUUAUUUUUUCGCACAGUGCAGCACGCACAUUAUGUAAUGCUAGCAGAAAUGUGCCGGAUGACGUGUUGCAAAAUCUAGCAAAAAACGGUGGAGUAGUCAUGGUCCCUUUUUACACCUACUUUAUUACGUGUAACAGUACAGCGACGAUUCAAGAUGUGAUUGGCUUCUUUACAAAAACAGCACAUAUUAAUCACAUACGAAGAGUAGCUGGCAUCGAUCACGUCGGUAUAGGAGCUGGAUUUGAUGGAAUAAAUUUCACUCCUACAGGUUUAGAGGAUGUAUCGCGUUAUCCACAACUUCUGGCCACUCUUCUUGAAGAUCCAACAUGGAAUGAAGAGGAUAUAAAAAAAUUAGCUGGCCUUAACCUUUUAAGAGUUUUUAGUAAAGUUGAGCAGGUGAGAGACGAAUGGCAAAAGGCAGCUAUUCUUCCAGUCGAAAAAAUAAGCCCACCUGAUAAUUCUGCUUGCGCCUACGGUGUAUCUUAGUAAUUUAAAAUUUAUAAAAUGAGAGAAACAAGAAACUAUUAUAGAAAGCAUGUGAUGAUAGAAACAACCAAUAUCUUAAAAAUUUUCAAAAAAUCUUUAUUGGACCCGCUUAUGAAGCGUGAAUAACAGAUUAAAAUAAAGUAUGACUGGCAAAUAAUAAGAAGUUCCUCUUACAAUUGUAUUGCCAACAAAUAAAUAAGAUUCGACCAGA